UAUAAUAAUGAAAAUUAUAGUGUGAUUAUUUUAUCAAUAUGGCCAUGAUAGCAGUGGUAGCUGAAAAACAUGUCAUUCUAAACUUUACGACGAAUAUUGGCAGAAGAAAUGAAUUUACUAAUUCAAUUAUGAUCAUGAAUUGCAUAUGUUAAUGUUUGGAUAAAUUCCAAUUAAAAAAAAAUUCGAACACAUGUUUUUCUAAAAACUAGCGGCUAAAAAUCACUAGCCGCUAGUUCAGCACGGUGGCCAUAGUAAAUACUGCCAUCUUUCGCGUGACCAAACAUUCAUUGGUUGCUAUGGUUUCGGCGCGAUUCAUCGUUUAUAACUAAAAAUUUAUUUAUAAACAAAAAAGAAUUUUUUCAGUAGUAUUUUUUUAAAUAAAAUAAAUAAAAAAAUAUGGACCGUAUGCGUCUUAAAGAUAGAUUAAAUACUUCAUCAACAGUGGAUUCAUCAUCAAUGAUAUCAAAUGUAUCAAAUUCAAAAAGAAAACACCAUUUUAAAGAAAAAUAUCAAAUCAAAUGUCAUCUUAGUGCAGGAGCUCAUGGCAUUGUCCUAUGGGCAAUCGAUCGUCAUCAUUCAAAUCAUGAAAAUUCUGAUGAGAUAUCUAGUGCUUGUUCGCCAGAAUCACCACUCAUAAAAUGCUCUAAAAACGAUUAUUACAAUUUCAGUCAUGAUUUUCAUGAAAAUUCAAAUCAAUUACAAAAAACUAGGCAUUAUGCAAUCAAACGAAUUUUCAUUCGCAAUCGUAUCAUUCCAGUGAAAUUGAUUCGUGAGAUUAAAUCCUUACAAUUUUUGAAAGGUCAUCCAAAUGUCAUUGAAAUACUUGAUGUCUGUCCAUCAGGCUCUACCAUUAAUCUGGUCUUUCCAUUAUUGCCUACAAAUUUGACCACUCUAAUCUAUAGCCCAAAAGUAAACAGAAUUUCUCAAGAUUUAUCUUUGUUAACAUCCGAAUUUUCCAUUCGUUUUUACUUUCGUAUGCUCAUUAAUGGUUUAGAUCAUCUUCACCGAAAUGGCAUCAUUCAUAGAGAUUUAAAACCCUCUAACAUUUUGAUCGACUGGAAUGGCCAAUUGAAAUUAGCCGAUUUCGGCCAAGCACGUGCCAUUGACUUUAUCAAAGAAGAUAGCGAUCAAGAAUUUUCGAAUGAUGUUUGUACCAGAUGGUAUCGUGCUCCCGAAUUAUUGUGGGGUUCUACUCAUUAUGGCUCUGAAGUCGACCUCUGGUCCUCAGGUUGCAUUCUUGCCGAAAUGAUUCAAAAAUAUCCAUUAUUUCAUGGAGAAACUGAUAUAGAACAAUUGAGCUUGAUAGUGCGGUCUUUGGGAAAUCCGGAAUCCGGAGAAUGGACAAAAAAUCUACCAGAUUUUACUAAAAUUCAAUUUGUUCAAGUGGACUCAUUCGAUACGGUUGUAGAAACUGAAUUACCUGGAUGGUUGGAGAAAUUUUCUGAAAAAAAUGGUAUCGAAUUAUAUGGAUCGGAUUCAAGGUUGACACUAGACCUGAUUUCCAAAAUCAUCAGAUAUGGUGAACGUUGUACAACUAAUGACUUAUUACAACAUGAAUAUUUUCAUUCUCAUGAUUUUACAAAGGAACAAGAAUAUGAUACUGAAGAAAAAUUUCUUAUUAAACCCAAGUUCAUAGAACAUUUAUCGGGACCUCCACCAGAUAUCAAAAAAUAAUCAAACUAACAAAACUAUUGAAAAAUGUUUUUUAAUCAUGUGGCUAUUAUUGUUGAAAAUGAACCAAGUUAAACCAAUCACGUGCAAUUUGUGUAUUAAAUUUUUGAACUUGUUCCUUGUAAAA